AUGUAUCUGCAUCUAAUAGUGCAAGCUUGUCACCAUCAUCUUUCCGUGGUCGCUUUGGCUUUGGCGCACGUAAUCUGUCUUGACUAUCACCCAACAUCUAUUGCAUAUAAUUGUUGUUCUUUGCCAAGUAAGGAACCUGAAUUAAAUGCGGGUCUCGCGACAUAUCUUUAUUUUCUCGAAUACUAUGUGGUUGCCCUCAGCUCUGAACGAAGGUUCAAAUUGACCGCAAUGGUCGAAAUGCUUGAGUGA